GUGAGGAAUAAUGGUGUUUUGUUAUAAAAUAAUAACAGAGUCGCCGAGACGAUCGCGGUGCGCCUCGCCGAGAAAAUCAUCACCUAUUGGAAGAUACUCUAGCGAUAUUACAAGCUAUUUUGAUUAUGAAGCAAAUAAAGAAGAAGUUUGGGAUUCCAUUCCUGAACGUGAAUGGAAGCUGUUAGCAGCCUUAGCGAGGAAAAGAGAGGAAGAACAAAUGAGAGAGAAUCUUGCAGAAGAGUUUCAGAAAAUGUGGAUUAAAGAGAAGGAAGAGCGCGAGAUGAUGGAAGCUGAAACCUCAGAGAAAUACAAGCGUUAUCUCAACCAGAAGAGAACAGAAGAGAAUUAUUACAACGAGUAUAGACGUCUCCAACGAGACGCAGAGCAGGAAAUCAAGACAGACCAGCUGUUACACUGCAUCCGGUAUAAAGAGAGGAGGAGCGCCGACUUGCUGGCUUGGAGGGAUGACCAAAAGGUGACAGAGCUGGUGGGCAAGGCGGUGGAGGAGGCGGAGCGGGCGUGGGGGGCGGCGGAGAGGCGCGCGCGGCGCGGAGCCGUCGCCGCCUGGCACCGCCACGUGCAGCAGCUGCACGCGCGGCAGAAGGCCGACGACGCGAGUACACGACGAAACGAAAUGCUGCGGAAUGCUUCACAGCGUCUAGCCAUCAACAACACCCUAAGUUCUUGGGAAACCUCCCUAAUACGCCAAGAAAUGGCAGCAAUGGAUGCUGCCAGGCGUGCACACGUCGUCGCACACUGCGCACUGAAAGACGCGCGGAGCGUGCGCUUCACGCGUGCGAGGGAGAACAAACGACAACGUGCGAGGAGAUUGGCUGCUAUCACUGCUCAGAUGAGAGAAACUAUCAAAAGUGGCAGAUAAUUACCAUUUUAUUUCAAAUGAAUUCAGAUAAUGUG